AUGGAUUCCUUCACAGAGGAUCUAUGGGCGAUGGUACUUGCGAGAUUACCAAUUAAGAUCUCCACUGGUUUCAAACUUGUCUGCAAGCAAUGGAAAUCAAUUGUAGAGUCUCCCUUUUUCAAGAAUCUUUUUAUAUCCGCCCACCAAAAGUCGCACUCUUCUACAUGGUCGCUCAUGUCCAGAUUUUACGUAGAUCCAGAGAUAGUAGGUCACUACCAAUGCGACACAUGGGGACUUGAUCGAUCUUUGGGCUCUUUCAUCAAGUCUUUCCUAGCCGACAAACAACAGAAGUACAAAUACCAACAAGUCAGUGUCGAGGCUUACUCUGAUGUUGGGUUGAUUUUGAUCCAUGUAGCAUCAUCCGACAGGGUCAUCUACGUGGCUAACCCUGUUUCACGGGAAUGCGUAGAAAUAUUAAUUCAUGAUCCUCUUCCUACAGGAUUUGGAACUUAUGAAUAUAGCUUCCUCUGGCAAUGGGGACUUGUCACACGAACCGUGAACGGCGUCCUUUUGGGUUACAAAGUUAUUCUUAUUGAUAAAUUGCUUCGAGAUACUAAGUUAAAUUGUCUUAUAUAUUCAUCUGAGACUGGCUUGUGGAGUCUCGAAACUCUACAUCUUCCUCACUCUUUGUUCAUUCGUCAUCCUGGGUAUCCGAUUAGCUUGAACGGUUCUCUUCACUGGCUUGGCAUGAGCACGGAACAUCAUAAAGUUGUAUUAUCCAUAGAUUUUUAUACUACUAGCACGGGUUCUGUUCAAUGCCGUGUUACGCCUUUCCCUGACUUAGAGAAAAUUACCAUGUUUACAAGAUUUUGCACACCCUUUCAAGGUUUUCUCAUGUAUAUGAACAUCGUUUCCGUAACCAAAGUGGAUGGAAGCCUAGACAAUAAGUUGUGUGUAUGGAGGCUAAUGAGCGAGGGAUAUUGGCAACUAAUGUCUGAAACUUCCCCAGCUUUUACCUUGACUGAUAACUUCGACUAUUUACCCGUGACAGUAAACCCCUUUGAUGCGAAAACAGCCUACUUGUGGAGCAUGAAACAAGAACGCUUGCUAUCUUUUGACGUUUACAAUGGUAAGUUAGUGAUCCACAAUCAGUGUGAAGGUAGUGGCGAUGGUCGCACUGUGAUUCCAGUUAACGACCCGAGAGCUAUGAUUUUCUUCAAAAGGCUGCUAGAAAGGGUAUCCGUCGUCGGAGAAAACUACUUUAUCCCGUUCGUUCUCCCACAAUGGCUGCAUAGGAUCCCAAAGCGGUGA